AUGAUGAUGGACUGGACGCUGACUUUCUCAGGCGGCAAGACCCAGGAGGCCAAGGCCCGCGCGGCUAAGAAGGCUGCCCUCAAGGGCACCCAGUCUCACGCGACGAAGAAGGUCCGCACCUCGGCCACCUUCCACCGUCCCAAGACUCUCCGUCUUGCUCGUGCUCCCAAGUACCCCCGCAAGUCGAUCCCUCACCUUCCCCGCAUGGACCAGUUCCGCACUAUCCAGUUCCCCGUCAGCACUGAGUCUGCCAUGAAGAAGAUUGAGGACCACAACACCCUUGUCUUCAUUGUCGACCUCCGUGCUAACAAGCGCAACAUCAAGGACGCGGUUAAGAAGCUUUACGACGUUGAGGCUGCCAAGAUCAACACCCUCAUCAGGCCCGACGGCAAGAAGAAGGCCUACGUCCGCCUCACUGCCGACUACGACGCUCUUGAGGUCGCCAACAAGGUUGUGACUUUGGGCUCGUAG